CGAUGUUUUGUUCCGGCGAGAUCAUACAACCCUCAGGGAAAAUCUCUUUUAUACGUAUUUCCAGUGCACGUGAAUAGUUACUUUAAAGCAAGAACCCCUCCUUUGAUGAAGCUUCUCAAGCCAGAUUGGGUGCAUCACGAUGACAAGCCCAUCUUUUCCCUCGAUAUUCACCCCGACGGCACGAAGUUCGCCACCGGGGGCCAAGGAAAUGACUCUGGUCGAGUGGUUGUGUGGAAUCUGGCCCCGGUCAUUGAUGAGAAGGCGGAGAUGGACAAAUCUGUGCCAAAGAUCCUCUGUCAGAUGGACAAUCACCUGGCCUGCGUGAACUCGGUGCGCUGGAGUCUCAGCGGGCAGUGUCUGGCGUCCGGAGGCGAUGACAAGACAGUGAUGGUGUGGAAGAAGGCCAAGGGAACGGGCGGCGUGUUCGGCAGUGGGGGAUUCACGAAGAGUGCUGAGAAUUGGCGGUGUGUCACGACGCUUCGUGGCCACGCCGGCGAUAUUCUGGACAUGGCAUGGUCGCCGCAGGAUCGGUGGCUCAGCAGUUGCAGUGUGGACAACACGAUCAUCAUCUGGGACGUGUUCGCCGUGCCGUCAAUUGUGGCCAUUCUCAAGGGACACACUGGCCUGGUGAAGGGAGUGGCCUGGGAUCCCGUGGGCAAGUUCAUCGCCUCCCAGAGUGAUGACAGGAGCAUCAAGAUCUGGAAGACGGCGGACUGGACGUGCCAAACGACCAUCACAGAGCCCUUUCAGGAGUGCGGAGGCACGACGCACAUCCUGCGGCUCUCCUGGUCACCGGAUGGCCAGUACCUCGUGUCGGCGCACGCCAUGAAUGGCGGGGGCCCCACGGCGCAGAUCAUCGAGCGCGAGGGCUGGAAGUGCGACAAGGACUUCGUGGGGCACCGGAAAGCGGUGACUUGCGUGCGCUUUCACAACUCAAUCAUGAUGCGUACGGCGCCCAAGACCAACAAAACUCAGCAGUAUUGCUGCUUGGCUGUGGGCUCACGAGAUCACGCGCUGUCGGUGUGGAUGACAGCGCUGCAGAGGCCUCUGCUCGUGAUCCACGACCUCUUCCAAGACAGCAUCCUCGAUCUGUCGUGGAGCGCAGAUGGAUAUGUGUUGAUGGCGUGCAGUGGAGAUGGCACGGUGGCGUGUCUGCAGUUCAGCGACAGUGAGCUGGGCACUCCGCUGUCGGAGGAGGACAAGAAUUCUCUGUACCAGCGAAUGUAUGGCAAGAGUGCGAGUGACAUGAAUGCUCAGUCGGAGAAGGACAUGAUUGUGGAGAAUGCCGAACUCCUUGAUGCCAUCGUGCGGGAGAAGCCGAAACAGCCCGCCUUUAUUGCCACUCUGGAAGGGGCGCAGAAUCUGAGCAGUGUUCCCAACCAGCAGAACAACGUGUCCAACAGCCAGCCGGAGAAGCAAGAGCAGAACGUAAACUUCUCUGGCGUGUCCACGCAAUCGAAGCAGGCGAUCCACAAGCAAAUCGAAACGAGGACGGCUGAUGGCAAGAGACGCAUCACACCCAUGUUCAUCCCAAUGAGUCAGGAGGCCAAUGAUACUCCGGUAGAGCUCAACAGCAGCUCGCGUAGCACGAGUUCAAUUGUGAUCGAGAAGGUGGCGGACAAGCCGGAGGCAUUGUCGGAGGGCCAGAAGGUUGAGCAACUCGAUUCGCGUCUCACGAAGAGUAUUGUGCCGCCAGCAAAGACUGCCUCUCUAGACAUGCCGCGUGGCGAGCCGCUUCCUGUGCAGAUCACCGCCAAACCCGAGGUCACGAACAUUCCGCGAACCCUCACAGCCGGUCGCCCGGAGGUGAUUUCGGGGAAUUUCGUGCGCACAGUGAGUGAUUUGCGAAUACAAGUGGCCAACGCGGGUGUGAAAUCACCCUUUGGCAUGCUUUCGCGCGUCUUCUGCUGCCCAAUUGCCACGCCCACGAAAACUGCCUGGGAGAUCUUCCUGGGCAGUUCCGUGGUGAAUUGCAGCGCCUGCACGAAGUGCGUGAUUGUGUGUUGUUCAGACGGAACUGUGCGCUUCAUUAAUGCGCGGACUGGAAUCCUAACACUGCCCAUCAUCAAUAUGCCGACAGCAAUUGUCCAGAGUGCAUUUAACUUCUCGGGAGAACUCGGGGGAGUCGUGUCGGAGUGCGGACUGGUGCGCGUGUGGAAUAUAGAGGAGCAGAAGGUGAUUGUGUCCACGAGCUGCACAGAUCUCCUGCGCGGCGGGAGUGUGAAGAUGCUGAACGUGACAGAGAAGGGAACGCCGUUUGUGCUGAUGUCGAAUGGAUGUGCCUUCACAUUCUCAAAGGAUCUGGAGAGUUGGCUGGUGUUGAACUCCAAGGACACUCUCAAUCAGCGCAACUUGAUCAAGUACAAACCGCCCGCGAACGCUGUGCAGAAGAACUUCCGCACAUAUCCCAUCAUGGCUGUCCAAGGGGCGGCUCACUCACUCCUGCCGGCGUCCAAUAACUUCGUGAACGUCACGGCGGCGACGUGGGAGAACGUGAGCCAGCUAACGUUCAUUGAGAAUCAGAUUCAACUGUGCGAGAGCAUCCAAUCGCCGGCGGAGCUCAAGUACUGGUACUCCGCAUUGGGAUUCCAUCUGGCCAACUAUGGCACUGAGCAAAGACUGAGACUGACACUCGAUGAUCUCCUAGGAUCUGCACAUUCCACCAAUGCUGAUAUUUUGGGCAUCAGCAAGCUGACACUCUUGGACUUGAUCCUGGAGAGUCUGAAAUUGCAGACAAAGUGGCAGCGCAUUUAUAUGGAGUACACAGAGCAACUCAGUGAUUUGCGACGCAACCCUCAACCCAUGUAAAUUCU